UCUAUAUAAAAAAGCGGGCUUGGCGCUGCGUGGCUUUAACUGCCCCCACUUCUCCCGCCAUAAAUGGCCACCUCGUCGUCUUCCCAUCCCGCUCCGCCGCCGCAGGACCACGCCGGCGGCGAGCGGCGGCCGCAGCAGCAGCAGCACCACCCGCUCCUCGCGGCCGCCGCCGCAGCCUCCCUCCUCGCCUUCCUCUACCUCCCGCGGCCGCUCCUCCGGCUGCUCCUCUCCCCGGCCUCCCUCUCCUCCCUCCUCGUCCUCCUCUCCCUCCUCCGCCUCGGCUCCCCGCCGCCUCCCGCCGUCACCCCUCCUCCACCACCGGAGCGACCCGUCCCGGAGGUCGCCCCUACUCCACCGUCGCCGCCGCCGCCUCCCGAGCUCCCGAGCGUGUUCGUGGAGACGGAGUUCGCGUCGUGGGCGGCGAAAGGGCGCGCCCUGGAGGUGAUCCACGAGGAGUUCGAGGCGGAGUGGGGGCCGGAGGAGAUGGGCCUCACGUGGACCUCCGACUCCGACUCCGACAGCUACAGCGGCAGCGACGACGACGUCGACUACCGCUGCGACGACGGCGACGGGAUGAUCGAGAUCGAGCUGGAGGAGGACAACCUCAUCGAGAUCGACAUCUCCAAGUGCCGGUGAUGGAUUGCCUGCCUAUUUUGCCCGGACAAUCUCUAUAAGUUCUUUUUCUUCUUUUUCCUAGCUUGGGGAUUUCUUCGGUCCUUGGGGUUUGGUAAUUUGGUUUCUGACAACAAAGAAAAGGUUUGCUGAUUCGGCGUGUGAAUUGGAGUUCUUGGAUUCCUCUAGUUAAUUAGACGGCUUGCAUUACUGGAUUUCUGCAAUGUACAUAUAGGAUGGGCGAGAUACCGAGUGAGAAGAAAAAAAGGGUUUGUUUGGUUCAUCUAAGAUGAUGAUCUGUUGAUAACUUUCAGAGAAGUUCAGAUCCUACUUCACUAGUACUUCUUGUGCUAUGCUCCAUAUUAUUCACUUGAAUCAAGUCUUGAUUGUAUUUGUCCCCAUUUAUCUGUGAAACCAAGCACUCUGGUCUAUAGUCCAUGAUGAAAUCUUUUUGUCCCAUUGGACAUUACAAACUUUACAUGGAUUGCAUCUCCUUUUUUAAUCUAGUAUAAGAAAGUUGUAAUGACUGCAACACAUUGAUGGAGUGAUGCUGUUGUAAUUGUUCGGAAUC